AUGAUCGUUCGUCACGCUCAUUUUGAUAGUCCCGUGUCGAAUGCUUGCAGGCCAGAGCAGGUUGCCGGUAGAAAAGGCGUGCGCGGUGUCGCAUCCGUUGCCUUGACCACACCUUCGUGCUUUGUCGGCUGUCCUCAGCUCAUGCUGGGCUGUGGAAAUACUGGACCAAUGGAAAAGAGGGAUCGGCUCCCGGCGUUCCGGGCUCCUAUGAGCCAAUCAAUCAAUGCGCCCAUGCAGCCCUCCACCCUUGUAACCAAGAAAAGCGGGCUGGACCAUGCCACGGUGAAAUGUGGCACACUUUGGCCCUUGCGCGCCACACUUCCUCUUUUCGAGUCCAACCCUCACUUGAGUGCCGUUCACAGCACAGCCAUGUGGCUGACGAUUCAGUACUUCCAGGCCAAUCCAAUGCUUGGAUGUGGCGCACAGCAUCCCUCUAUCCACGGAGGAGUUGCAACUGAGCAAGGGAAGAUGGAUUGGGACACGGCUUCGGCUUAG